AUGUAUCCACCAUUUACAUUUUAUGACAUUGUAAAAAAUUGUGAUUGUUACCCAUAUCCAAAUGAGUUAGUCAAUGAUUCCGAUAAUAAAUAUAAAAACGUAGUUCCACUUAUUUUUGAAACAACUAAAUUAGGCUUAAUUUUACCAUCAAUAAUACCAACAUUAAAAGAAUAUAACGAUAAACAAAACCCAAAACCUUUCUCAAUUCAGUAUGAUGAUGCAGGUUCUUCAAAUUAUGUAAAAUUUCGACCUCAUUUAAAUACUUUUGAAAAAAGAACUGAAGCUGUUCAAAAACUUUUUGAACAAUGGAGGCAAGAAAAAAAAAUUAAGCGGUUGGAAGGCUGGAGGAAUGAAUUAUAUCCAGUUUAUGGAGACAAUGGCGAAGUUGCGUUUUUAAUUGAACGUAGUGCUUCACCAUUGUUUGGUGUGGUAACAUAUGGAAUACACUUGUCUGCAUAUUUAAAAAUCAAAGAUGACAACAACAAUAAUAAAAUUAAAAUGUGGAUUGCAAAACGAUCCUCAACAAAACAAACAUGGCCAGGUAUGUUGGAUAAUACGGUUGCAGGUGGUUUGCCAUAUAAAAUGUCAUUACAAGAAUGUGUUAUCAAAGAAGCAAUUGAAGAAGCUAGUCUUGAAAGAAACAUUGCAGAAAAAGCUAAACCUUUGUGCUUUUAA